AAAUUAGAUGGCACACAAGUGUAAAGAAUUUAUUAAAAAGACUGAAUGACAGAAGAGCAGACAUGAGACUACAAAGAGGAUAAAAGAGCACUGAGUAUCCAAUGGAAGAACAAAGCGUAUCAAUGGGUUGGAUUCUGAUUCUUCUAUUUCUUCUCAUCUCGUCUCGGAGCUGUGAAGAAUCCUCCGCCAAAACCUGCUGCCAGAUGUCUGAUUCCACUAGUCCGAUAUGCACUUCAAACUCAACCUGUGUUAUUAAGUUUUCUGAUUCUAAUCUACUUGCCACUAGCAAGCACUGUAGUGUCAUUCAGGACACUAAGUUUGAAAAUACCAACAGAAGUGAUACUAUAAAGGUGGAUUGUAUUCGAAGCAACUUUGAUGUGAGACAGAGAUUUGAGGAGACAGACACACUUCCCUUUCAUAUUGAACUUUUUAACAUGGAGAAAGAUGGGGAAUCAUUUAUAGGAUUUGAUGUUCGUUUGCAUUAUAUGGAAUUUGUUCGAGCAAGAUUUAGAUUAAUGAAUCUGCAUCAUUGUAAAAGUCCUUUUGGUGAUAUAUCUCCAGAAUGUAAUCCACGAUGUGUUAAACUAACCAAGAAUGAUAAGUUGGAUAAUCAGGCAUUUUUGUCUUACGACUGUGAAAGUGGAUUUACUCAAGACCUUUCAGGACAUAUACAACCAUCUACAGGAGAUACUUACUUAUUCAGUAUGUGUAUGACAGAUUCUGGUGAGGGCCAGACCUGUGGAGAAUACUGGUUUCUGGUACCACCAGACACUACAGUACUAGAUACAUCUAGACCAGAUCAUCAGGUUCUGCUGUUGGUUGACAGGACGGAGUACGACCAGAACACUGAGGUAGUUGUGUACAUACCUGCCAGUCAUGUCAUCAAACAUGAUGCUGAUAUGCUCAGUGUUCAACUUCUCCAUGACAGUGCUGAACCAAUGGUUGAAGAUCCUUUUGUUGGAGAGGGAUGUUGGCACAACAAAUCUACUGCUGCAGUUAUCCAUGUUCAGAAUAUUACAUUUAACAAAUUCCCAGGACACAAUAUCAGAGGUGUUUUGAAAAUAAGGAGUUUUGGAACUAUGGGUGUUCAAAUUUAA